AUGGCCACAACUUUCCAUCAGUUCUCGUCUCUCCCGCCCGAAAUUCGCAUCCUUAUCUGGGAAUGCGCCCUCCGUCCCUCCCACCCGGGCGUCCACUUCUUCUCGCUGGAAACGAAGGCCAUGGUCACAGAGUCCGUCGGCCGCCGCAGGCCUUCAGGGGUGCCCAGGAAUACAAGAUACAUCCUGGCGCCCCCAGCCUUCACCACGGGCCCGCAGCGCAUGUGGCAGGACGACAACCCUUCGACCUAUCUCGUCGACGCCGGCCUGUGGUCCGCGCAGAGGGAGUCGAGAGACGUGGUCCAGAAGCACCUGAACCAGCUCCUCAAGCCGCACAGCCCAGGCGACGCCCGCGACGCGACAGGUCCCGAUCAACAACCCGGUGGGACGCUCAGAAUGCUCCCGCAUCAGGACCUGAUUUGCAUUCAGGUCGGAGCCCGCCAGAACGUCAUGGCGGACAAGGCACUGUCCGACCUCCGCACCAUACUACAGCGCCCCAGUCCGACGGUGGGGUUCUCGAUGCCCGUCCACAUCGCGUUCGAAUACGACGAUAGCUGGGCCAUCAGCGGUGAGGACCGCCUCAGCCUCCUGCGAUCGGAGGCUGGUCCCAGGGGCUGCUUCAUGCACCUGCUCAACUCGAUCUACCUCGGUAAGCUUUCAGCGGAGCUGUACCUCAUUGACUACCGGCUCAAACUCAAGCCAGGCGUGUCGGCGCCCUGUCUCUUCCGCGCCGAUGGGUACGAGUUCCGGGGUGUCGACAGGUCGCGCGUCGAGGGCGGCGAUGGGGCGUCGAGCAUCUGGGGGUUCGUGGGGGCCCUGAACCGAAUCGCGGCUCUCUGGUGGAUGUCUACCUACAUGUUGCCGUGGGGGUCCGAGCUCGAUGAGGAUACGCAGCCUUGGAACUACUUCCACCGCCAUCAUGCGAGCGUGCUCGUGUGCCAGAAGGAGUGA